AGUUACUGAGCAAACCUCCAACUUACAUCACCUUCAAAAUUUAUAAUGAUGAUAUCUGCGAGUAAUUCUCGUAGAGCUUGUGCGGGAUCAGAGGCGGCUGGUACAAGGCGAACAUUUGAGCCCAAGCAAGCACAGAGGUGACAAACAUGGGUGACGCCAUGGAUAACGCAAACCAUAAAAAUGAUAAAACAGCAGCAACACUCGACGAAGCUAUGCUGCUGUCAGGGUUUGGCAUCUACAACAUCAUACACAUGCUGAUGUCUGGUCUGAUACUGAUGGGAAUGAUCAUGCAUUGCCUAGUACUGGGGUACGUGAUACCCGCAGCGCAAUGUGAUUUGGAGCUCACAACGCAACAGAAAGGAUGGUUGUCAGCAUUGCCGUUUACAGCCAUAAUACUAACGUCAUAUUUCUGGGGAUGGUUAGCUGAUACUAAAGGUAGAAGGACAGCCAUGCUUGGUUCUAUGUUUCUGGCUGUGAUCAUAAGUGCAAUAUCUAGUUUUGCACCAAACCUUACAUCGUUUGCUGUAUUACAAUUUGUUUCAGCUAUUUUUAUGACAGGUCCUUCCGCAGUAGUGUAUACUUUUCUUGGAGAGUUUCAUAAUCUACGUCAUAGAGACAAGAUGGUCACUUUAGGGUCAGCUUUCAUUGGCAUUGGCACGAUAGUCUUACCAUGUCUGUCCUGGCUGAUUCUACCACAAAACUUCUCCUUCUACUUGGAAUUCUUGGACAUUUACUACCGGCCCUGGAGGCUGUUGGUAGUGGCUUGCACCAUUCCGUUUGCCCUCGCCACAAUCUUUCUCUUCUUUGCUCCAGAAAGUCCUAAGUUCCUCUAUUCUAGCGGUCGCCACGAAGAGUGUUUGGAAGUAUUGAGAAUAAUCUAUGCAGCCAAUAACUUCAAGCCUAAGGAUAGUUUUAUUGUGAAGUCACUGAUUGCAGAGAAUCAGGUCACAAACUCGAACAAAGGCAGAGGUAUAACCGGCGUAUUGUCUUCUAUGAAGGAACAAACUUUACCAAUCUUCAAACCACCACUCCUUCCCUGGAUCUGUCUCACCUGCUUCGUGCAAUUUGGAGUAUUUUCUGCAACAAACGGCUUCUACAUCUGGUUCCCAACUAUUCUGAAUGCGCUAGGCAGCCAGGAGAGCGUUAAUAUGAAAAUUUGUGACGUCAUUGAGUUGACUCGAAACAAAGCAGCUGCUGAUGCUCUCAACAAUACUACGAUCAUCUGCGACGAUACAAUCUACACCUCAACAUUCGAGCGUUCAAUCUACGUUGGGCUCGUAUUCUUCUCCAUGUACCUCAUCGUGGCUGUCCUAGUAGACUUUGUGGGGAAGAAAUUCAUCUUGGUGGUGACCCUGACCAUCACUGGCAUCUGUGCCAUCAGUGCUAAUCUGGUGUAUGACCAGCAAAUUGCUGUGGUACUGUUUGCCAUCUUCCAAAUGUCUGGUGCAUGUGUUGGAUUGACUAACGCUGUUGCUGUUCAAUUGUUUCCUACCAAGUAUAGGGGUAUGGCCGUCUGCCUGGCAAUGUUGUCGGGACGCACGGGUUCGAUGGUUGGAUCCUAUCUUAUUGGUUUAUUUCUGGACAUUAAUUGUGGCGCGGGAUUUUAUCUAUUUGGAGGUCUUCUUGUUGUAAACGGCUUAACCUGCCUUACACUCCCAAAUAUGAAAAAAGAAAAGGUUCCUGAAACAAUAGCAACUGCACCAAAAGACACUCAAGAACCUUAAUGAGAAGAGAACAUGAUUGGAGAUAAAAGAAAUGAUAGAGGGGGUCAUUGGAAGAUAGAAAAAGUAGAGUGGAAGAUUUAUUUAGAAAAGAGAUUUUAUUGUUGAGUAUGAUAUGAUGAGGUAAUGUUGGAAGGUAGUUCCCCCCUCCCUACCUUGGAGUGUAAGAGAAGUAAAGAGUUCUGUAUAAAAGCCAUCAAAAGCCAGUCACAGUCAAAAUGUCCAUAUGACAGAAUAUUGUCAUGUAUAGAGUAUACAGUAAGACAUUAGAAAUUAAUCUCUAAGUUGUUUUUGUAGGUAUUCUAUUGCAAUUGAAAAAAGAACUUUAAUGUCCUCGUGACUUGCACACAUUGAACUUUUGAUGGUAACUGUGAAUAUAUUAAUUAUUUUAAUUAAA